AUUGACGUUUUGUUUUUGCCUUCAUUUAAACAGGUCACAUAGUUACAUUUGACACCGUACGUGUUGACCGAAUGUGGCCAGGUGAGCUCAUGUGAAAGAGAUCGAUAGCCGCUUGCUUGAAGAGUUCACAGUCACACUGAAAGCAAGGAGUAUAGACGUAAGACAAGGAUGUGCAAUGGUUAAGUCGUAGUUAUGUGGCAUUCUACAAGAUAACGCGUGAAUAUAGAAAUGAGCGGAGCCAUGAUGAAACAUUCUGUGAUAUUUAUAACCUGUGCCGCAAUUAUUGGGUUUGGUGUGACAAGCGCCCAAUCGCAAGACCCCACGGACCCACCCACCAUCACCACGAUUCAGCCCACCCCUGCCAAGCCCGCCACCACGGCCGGUAAUGGGACCGAUAAUUCCACCAGCACCGCAUCACCUGCUCCCACUGCACAGGACACGUCAACUUCCACGUGCUCGGCGGGUGAAUGUGGAACAUUACAGACCGGCGUGUCAACAAGCAUCGUUAUGUCGUCGAUUAAGAGCUCGUCGACAAGUUCGAGCGCUAAUUUGACGUCAUCAGUAAUUGUAAAUAAAUCGACGACAUCUAUUGUUAACACUGCUAUAUUAAAGCCAAGUUCAUCGGUGUUGUCAACGUCAGAAUCUCUAUCGCAGUCUUCCGCUGUGAGCUCGUCAACAAUCACUACUACGUCUGUAAUUGUAUCAACAACAGGAGUAUCUUUAAAUUCAAAUUCCAGUAUAGCUUUGACGGCGUCGUCGAGCAUUCAGAUCACAAGUGUGGUCAGUUCUAUGGCCGAAACCACUAGUUUGAGUUCCACCGUUACACAGAAAACGUCUGUUUCAAAAGCGGACAAUACUUCGUCCACAAUUGUAUUAACGACGUCCACCUUAUUUAAUACAACCACCGUUAGUUCAGUACCAAUUUCCAGCAGUGCAUCGACAUCCAAAAUACAGCCAACCUCCAGCUCCAGCGCCACUAUGGCGCCGAGCCGUCCUCCGACGACCUCUGUUCCGGAAGAACCGACGACUUCUCAGACGCCUGGUGAGGCGCGGCCUAUGCCAGCACACUCAGGGAUGUCCGGGGCGGGCAAGGCUGCCCUUGGCGUCUUCAUUACCGCCGCUAUUGUGUUGUUCAUAAUUGGCGCCAUGUACCUCAGAAGGAACCGGUGUUUCCGGAACCGCGGGACCACGACGUCCUCGUCUAUUGCCUACAAGUCCUGGAAGUUCACGGACGACCACGACGCCUAUGGGUCUGUCUCAAUUGACCACUAAACACGGCAUGGAAAGGGGGUGGAAUUCCUCACGAGUGCACGGGGUCUUCGUGCAAAACAACACCGUAACUUUGAUCUGACGUGAAAACAGCUGACUUUCCUGAUUUUUGGGAUACCUUUACAGGCCUGGUUUUGUUGGACAUUUGUAAAUCCAGGACAAAAUUUUUUUUGUUAAUUUCAUUACAUGCAUUCCAUUUAUGUUCUUCAACUUAAAAGUCCGUUUCAACCAAAUGCGUUCUACUUUGUGGAAUUAUUUAGCGGUUAUGAUGUCAUCUUGGUUCCUGCUUGAUUUGAUCAUUUUCCUGAUCAUUGCGCACACCAAAGUACAGUUGAAUAACUGUGAUUUAUAACUGUUAGAAAUUGUAUACAUGUUUACGUACAGAUCUAUUUUGAAAAUCAAUGUUAAUUUUUGUAACACUAGAAGCGAGUGAUGCUUGCUUGUAUAUAAGGGAGUUUGUUAUAAUAUUACAUACAUUCUUUGCAAUUGUUAGUGAUAUUUUUGAAUAAAUAUACAUGCUUA